AUGUUUGGUUCAUGGCUGCUAAUGCCACAUCAUUUUUGGUAUGUAUGUACGGUGCUGGUACGGAGCUCAGGUCCUCAUAACUUGAUGAUAAAGUGGACCAGGGCCCAAGAUCCAACAGUGUGAGGCAGUGUUUCUACAACAGACUCACAUCCUCCUCUUUAACACUUUCUUAUUUUUAUUGUGAUAAAAUAGAUAGAGAAAUUCAUACUUAGUGGCUGAGCCAUUUUAACUGUAAGACUGAGUAGCAAUCAAUACAUUCCCAUCAUCUGCAACCAUCAUCGGCUGCAGAAGUUUCAUCUUUCAUUUAAAAGCAGCAAUGCCUCCCCACCUUCAGCUCCUUGCUCCUGCCAUAUUGCUUUCUCCAUGGGCUGGAUCACUUUGCAUACAUCAGAUAAGCAGUCCCAGCAGAUUUUUUUCUUCAGUCCCAGAUUGUCACCACCUAAUGUCCCCAAGGUUCACCCAUGUUGUAACAUGGACCAGUAUUCUCUGCCUUUCUGGGGCCAAAUGAUAUUCCACUGUAUUUAUGUACUAGAAAUCCUAUAAGCAUUCAUCCACUGAUGGCCAUGUGGGCUGCCCCCGUCAUGGCCUGUGUGGACAUUGCUGCCAGGAACACGGAGCUUGUUCAGGCCCCUCCUUUCAGUUUUUGUUGCUGUUUGUUUGUUUGUUUGCUUGCUUGUUUUGUUGUUGUUUUUGUUCUAUUCCAGGAAUAGAAUUGCUGACUCGGUUGGUAAUUCUGUGUGGGCCUUAUUAUUUUUAGUGCGCCUUUUCAGGUAGAUUGUGUUCACAUUUGGUCUUUGCAUUAGCUCCAUGGGAUAAGAAAACUUUUUACUCUGGCUCAAAAAAAAAAAGUGGCUUGUUCAAAUUGAAGCAAUGAAUGGAAGAGUCCUCUGACCUCAGAACUUGGCUACUACAUUUACUGACCAUUCAAAGCAGACCCAAUCAUGUAUUACCACCUAAGGACAAUGCCCCCCCCCCCUUCUUUUCUUGACUCUCUUUUUUCUUUUUCUUUCACAACAAUAGUGUUGUAUAACUGUGUACUGUACUGACCUGGAACUUGUGAUUUCUUUUUUAGCUGGGAUUACAGGCAUGUGCCACUGUGCCAGGCUUUAUGACAAGGUCCUUCUACGCCAGCUCUGUCGGCUACCUGGUUUCUGCCCUGACCAUCCGACACAGUGAGAUCCAGUGCAGGCCUUGUCAGUGCAGAGAGAAGAGGCCAUGCCACUCCCCAGAGACCAUGGGCUGUCCCAUUGUUGAGAUGAGAGGUCACACCCAUGCCCAGCAACUAUUCCUACACCCGGCAAAUUGAAAUCUUUCAAUUUCUGUCUCCCUCUUUCAGUCUAGACGCUAUUGUCUGACCAUGAGGAUUUGGUGGCUUCUGCUGGUUAUGGGUGCAUGCGCAAGGAGUGUAAACUCCCAGGACACCUGCCGGCAAGGGCACUCUGGUAUCCCUGGGAAUCCGGGUCACAAUGGCCUGCCUGGAAGAGAUGGACGAGAUGGCGCCAAGGGUGACAAAGGAGACACAGGAGAACCAGGAUAUCCCGGUGGCCCAGGGAAGGAUGGAAUUCCUGGAGAGAAAGGAGAACCAGGAGCAGAUGGAAGAGUUGAAGCAAAAGGCAUCAAAGGUGACCCAGGCUCCAGAGGAUCCCCAGGAAAACAUGGCCCAAAGGGAUCCAUUGGCCCUAUAGGAGAGCAAGGACUGCCAGGGGAGAUUGGCCCUCAGGGGCAGAAGGGAGAUAAAGGCGAUGUGGGCCCCACUGGUCCAGAAGGACUAAAGGGCAGUACUGGACUUUUGGGUCCCAAGGGCUUACCUGGCCCAGUGGGUCCCAUUGGCAAACCAGGUCCCAAGGGAGAAGCUGGACCUGUGGGUCCCCAGGGGGAGCCAGGAGUCCGAGGAAUAAGAGGCUGGAAAGGUGAUCGAGGAGAGAAAGGGAAAGUUGGUGAGGCUCCCAUUGUGCCUAAGAGUGCUUUCACCGUGGGGCUCACAGUGAUCAGUAAGUUCCCUCCCCCUGAUGCACCCAUUAAAUUUGAUAAGAUCCUAUACAAUGAACUGAACCAUUACAACGUGGCGACAGGGAAAUUCACUUGCCACGUGGCUGGCAUCUAUUACUUCACCUACCACAUCACAGUUUUCUCCAGAAAUGUGCAGGUAUCUUUGGUCAAAAAUGGGGCAAAAGUCCUGCAUACUAAGGAUGGUUACAUGAGCUCUGAGGACCAGGCCUCUGGUGGCAUUGUGCUGGAGCUGAAGCUCGGGGAUGAAGUGUGGAUGCAAGUGACAGGAGGAGAGAGGUUUAAUGGCUUGUUUGCAGACGAGGAUGAUGACACCACGUUCACCGGCUUCCUUCUGUUCAGCUCUUGACACAGAGGACUCGGUGCACACCUCAUAGAGGGCUCUGCUGGUGAUGGGGUGGAGCCCACAGAUCUAGCCUGGAGAGUGGGAUGCAACUGUAUCCAUUCCUCUAAUUACUGUGUCAGUCCUAAAAUGUGGAAGUGGGAAGUUAAGCCUACAAAUCCAGGCAUUUGGACAUGUUAACAAUAAACUAAGAGCCACCAGCCACA